CUCAUCCUAUCGCUGGACAAGAGACCGAGUCCAUUCUUGGGCAGUGUGGGGGCAUGCAGGAAAAAAGGGACGUGCCCAGCUCCCAAAACCGGGAGAAAAGGGGAAAACAGCUCCUUAAGGACAGGAAAGCGUCACGAGUCCAAGAACAGCCUCAGGGUACUGCGGGAAGCGAGGUGUCCCGACGUGUCCCGGAGCCCCGAGUGCGCUGUGCCCUCCCCUCGGGCCGGGAUCCCGGGGCGGCAGCGAACCGAAAGCGGCGUCAGGAAAGGGAAAGUGAAAGGCCGGGUCCCGCCGCGCUUUCGCUUUCAGGGCCGCCGCACGUUCCCGAGAGCGGCGGGGCCGGGCCGGGCCGGAGCCGGGAUGGCGGAGCCGGGGUCUCCCAUGCGGCUGAAGGAGUGGCUGAUCGCGCAGAUCGACAGCGGCCGCUACCCGGGGCUGCGCUGGGAGAACCGCGAGCGGACGAUCUUCCGCAUCCCCUGGAAGCACGCGGCCAAGCAGGACUACCGGCAGCAGCAGGACGCCGCUCUCUUCAGGGCUUGGGCCGUCUACAAGGGCAAAUACCACGAGGGCACGGACAAGGCGGACCCAUCCACCUGGAAGACGCGGCUGCGCUGCGCUCUCAACAAAAGCACCGACUUCCAGGAGGUGCCCGAGCGGAGCCAGCUGGACAUCUCUGAACCUUACAAGGUGUACCAGAUUGUGUGCGACGGCACUCGGGAUGCAGAGAAGGAUGAGAAGGAUGGCAGAAUGCAGCCCACAACCAGCAAAGACUCACAGGGCCACAUGGCUGAGGAGAGCCACCGAGGCACAGCAGGAACGUGCCACAUGCCCACAUUACCCCUGCUAACUGCCCAUCCGGCAGAGCGAGGUGAGAGAAGGGCCCUGGUGAUGUGGGGGGCACAGGGUGGGACUGAGUACGGGUACAAUCACUGCUCUGCAGGAGCCACUCUGCUCUCCUGGUCCCCACACCACCUCCACCCCAACCCAGGGUACCACGUGCGGGGAAUCUUCUACGGCUGGAGCCCGACCCGCAGCCACCUGCUCCCCAGGGCCCCAUCCUUCCUCCCUGCCGAGGAUGUCAACCACUCAGACUGCUGGCUGCACAUCCGCCUCUACUACUGCGACGUGUUGGUGAAGGAGCUCACCACCCGCACGGCCGAGGGCUGCCGCAUCGCCUCGCGAGCUGAGGGUCCCUAUGGCCCCUCCUGCAUGGAGCAGAUCGAAUUCCCCCCACCACGUUCACUGGGAGGUGGCGGGUGGACAGUCGCUGUGACUGAGGUUCUGGAGAGGCUGCUGCCACACUUGGAGCGCGGGGUGCUGCUGUGGGUGGCCCCCGAGGGGGUCUUCAUGAAGCGGCAGUGCCAGGGCAGGGUGUACUGGAAUGGGCCGUUGGCCCCACACCGGGACUGGCCCAACAAGCUGGAGCGGGAGAAGACCUACAAGCUGCUGGACACGCAGCAGUUCCUGGAGGAGCUACGCAGGUACCUGAGCCAUGGGCAGCCAGCCCCACAGUACCAAAUCCACCUGUGCUUUGGUGAGGAGUACCCCACCAGCACCGGCCGCCAUCUCCAGAAGCUCAUCAUGGCCCACGUGGAGCCGGUGUUUGCACGAGAGCUCUUCCACCACGCCCAGCGCCUUGGUCCUGCAUUGCUACGGGGCUGCCCCCAGCCCUGCACACCCGCAGCCCCCGGGCGCAUCGCUCACGUCCUGCAGCAGCUCUGCCAGCCCUGAGCCGGGCAGUUGAGGGGACACGAAGCCUGGGACGCGCGGCCGCCCAGCGGCGAAUCCGUAAAGCCACAGGAUGUUCAGCAGGGACGGAUGCAGAUGAAUGCUGGCUGGAGCGGGGCACUGCACGGAGCGCUGUAUUUAUUCCCCAAGAGCCCAGCAGAGGCUGCUGGGUGCAGUUGUGCCCAGCAGGGGACAGCCAGCUCUGUCCUGGUGCCUCGCACUGUGGGGACUUGCUGUUGUGAGCCGUAGAAAUAAAGGUUGUGUUUCGGUA